AGAGACAGAGAGACAGAGAGACAGAAACAGAGAGACAGAGAGACAGAAACAGAGAGACAGAAACAGAGAGACAGAGAGACAGAAACAGAGAGACAGAAACAGAGAGACAGAGAGACAGAAACAGAGAGACAGAAACAGAGAGACAGAGAAGCAGAGAGACAGAGAAGCAGAGAGACAGAGAGACAGAAACAGGGAGACAGAAACAGAGAGACAGAAACAGAGAGACAGAAACAGAGAGACAGAGAGACAGAAACAGAGAGACAGAGAGACAGAGACAGAGAGACAGAAACAGACAGACAGAGAGACAGAAACAGAGAGACAGAAACAGAGACAGAAACAGAGAGACAGAGAGACAGAGAGACAGAAACAGAGAGACAGAGAGACAGAAACAGAGAGACAGAAACAGAGAGACAGAAACAGAGAGACAGAAACAGAGAGACAGAGAGACAGAAACAGAGAGACAGAGAGACAGAAACAGAGAGACAGAAACAGAGAGACAGAAACAGAGAGACAGAGAGACAGAGAGACAGAGAGACAGAAACAGGAGACAGAGAGACAGAAACAGAGAGACAGAGAGACAGAAACAGAGAGACAGAAACAGAGAGACAGAGAGACAGAGAGACAGAGAGACAGAAACAGGGAGACAGAAAAACAGAGAGACAGAAACAGAGAGACAGAAACAGAGAGACAGAGAGACAGAGAGACAGAAACAGAGAGACAGAAACAGAGAGACAGAAACAGAGAGACAGAAACAGAGAGACAGAAACAGAGAGACAGAAACAGAGAGACAGAAACAGAGAGACAGAAACAGAGAGACAGAGAGACAGAAACAGAGAGACAGAAACAGAGAGACAGAGAGACAGAAACAGAGAGACAGAAACAGAGAGACAGAGAACAGAGAGACAGAGAAGCAGAGAGACAGAGAGACAGAAACAGGGAGACAGAAACAGAGAGACAGAGAAACAGAGAGACAGAAACAGAGAGACAGAAACAGAGAGACAGAGAGACAGAAACAGAGAGACAGAGAGACAGAAACAGAGAGACAGAAACAGAGAGACAGAAACAGAGAGACAGAGAGACAGAGAGACAGAGAGACAGAAACAGAGAGACAGAGAGACAGAAACAGAGAGACAGAGAGACAGAAACAGAGAGACAGAAACAGAGAGACAGAGAGACAGAGAGACAGAGAGACAGAAACAGGGAGACAGAAACAGAGAGACAGAAACAGAGAGACAGAGAGACAGAGAUACAGAAACAGAGAGACAGAGAGACAGAACAGAGAGACAGAAACAGACAGACAGAGAGACAGAA